GGAAAGAGAGCAAAAGAAGACCGUUUGACUUAAUUUGACAUGAGAGAGGAUACCUGUUUCAUUUCUUUCUCACUGGGAUGCGGAUUUCCCCCCUUCUUUUCUUGACAGCGAGCGUUUGCCCCGCUUCGCUCGUAUCAUACGGAUAUAUACGGAGAAAAAAAUUAAGAUGAAGUGGCCUUCGAAAGUAGUUUUUGACGGCGUACCGCUCGCUAAGGUUUUAUUUGUUCUUUAAUCGUGUUCAACAGCGUUGCACCGGGCACGCGGGAAUUGAUAGAGCACGAGGGCAGUGCUUAUAAAACAACAGCUGACCAUUAAAGCUGACAUCAAGCCAAAUAAAAUACUUCCAGAAGAAAUAACACCAUUGAUUUUGCUGUACAGAAAAACGGAGGCAUAAAAAGCGAGCUUUAAAACAGGUCGGUUCCCCAGCGUUUCAUACGGUGGGUUUAGGUGACGAGUGGACGGGACUCUGAUGUAGAGUGCUGCUCCGGAGCUGAGUGCCCACUACUAGACCAGCAACUUCCUGCGCCUCAAGAUGGAUUAGAGCUUCACGCCUCCGGAGAUCAAAGGUGGCUGUGUGAAGGGGGACCCCCAGGGCUGGACCCAUGAGGAGUCAAAGAAGAUGCUCGGAGCCUGGGCGCCUCUGCUCUUCUUAGCCAUGUGGGUGAGAAACGCCACCAGUGGCCCACUCUCAUUCAGAAUAGCUGCCAUUCUUGAUGACCCGAUGGAGUGUAGCCGCGGGGAGCGAUUGGCCAUCACUCUGGCGAAAGACAGCAUCAACCGUUCCAGCAACCGCUCCACCACAGGCAAACUGGAGGUGGACAUUUUUGAGCUGCUCCGAGACAGUGAAUACGAGACAGGGGAAACUAUGUGCCAGAUCAUGUCCAAGGGGGUUGUGGCGGUCCUGGGCCCCUCUGCCAGCCCGGCAUCCAACUCCAUCAUCAGUAAUAUCUGUGGCCUAUUAAACCUGGAGGUGUUACUGCGACAGUUUCUCAUCUCCAAGGAAACCCUUUCUGUUCGCAUGCUGGAUGACAGUCAAGAUCCCACCCCCCUUCUCAAGGAGAUCCGUGAUGACAAGACUGCCACCAUCAUAGUGGAUGCCAAUGCCACCAUGUCUCGCAUCAUUUUGAAAAGGGAAUUCUCUCUGCUACGAUUGGACGAUUUAGCUGAUCAACGAGUCAACAUCGUCGGGUUUUCAGUCUUCAACAGAACACAUCCUUUCUUUCAGGACUUCGUCCUCAGCCUCAAUCGAUCCUGGCAGGAGAAUUGUGAUCAUGCUCCUUUUGCAGGAACACCACUUUCAUCAGCGCUGCUGUUUGAUGCAGUACACACGGUGGUGGCAGCUGUGCAGGAGCUGAACCGUAGCCAGAACGUAGGAGCCACUCAGCUCUCCUGCAAGUCUUCUAAGAUCUGGGAGCACGGCACAAGUCUGAUGAACUACCUGAGGAUGGUAGAGUUGGAAGGUCUAACUGGCCACAUUGAGUUCAACAGCAAAGGCCAGCGCUCGAACUAUGCCCUCCGGAUCAUGCAGAACAGCAGGGAUGGCCUAAGGCAGAUCGGUCAGUGGCAUUCAGAGCAGGGACUGUCCAUGGAGAGGAAGCUUCCAUCACUUAACGUGACAGACACACUAUUCAACACCACUCUCACCAUAACUACCAUCCUGGAGAAUCCAUAUGUAAUGCUGAGAGCCAAUCACCAGGAACUAGAAGGGAAUGAGCGUUACGAAGGCUUCUGUGUGGACAUGCUGAAGGAGUUGGCAGAUAUCCUGAAGUUCAAGUACCGCAUUCGGCUAGUUGGGGACGGUGUGUAUGGAGUGUCGGGCACCAAUGGCACCUGGACAGGCAUGGUGGGAGAGCUCAUCAGCAGGAAGGCUGACCUGGCUGUGGCCGCCCUGACCAUCACGGCUGAGAGGGAGAAGGUCAUUGAUUUCUCCAAACCCUUCAUGACUCUGGGGAUCAGCAUCAUGUACCGAGUGCACAUAGGAAGAAGACCGGGGUAUUUCUCCUUUAUGGAUCCAUUCUCUCCUGGGGUUUGGCUUUUCAUGUUGCUGGCAUACCUGGCAGUCAGCUGCGUGCUCUUUUUGGUGGCGAGGCUAACACCUUAUGAAUGGUACAACCCUCACCCCUGCCUGAAAGAGCGUUGUAGCCUGCUCAUUAACCAGUAUUCUCUGGGCAACAGUUUCUGGUUUCCUGUGGGCGGUUUCAUGCAGCAAGGCUCCACCAUCGCCCCGAGAGCCCUGUCUACACGCUGCGUCAGUGGAGUAUGGUGGGCCUUCACCUUAAUCAUCAUCUCUUCAUACACAGCCAACUUGGCGGCCUUUCUCACUGUGCAGAGGAUGGAGGUGCCCAUUGAGUCCGUGGAUGAUUUGGCUGACCAAACAGCCAUCGAAUACGGCACCAUGCAUGGCGGGUCCACCAUGACCUUCUUCCAGAACUCUCGCUACCAGACGUACCAGCGCAUGUGGAACUUCAUGUACUCCAAGCAGCCCAACGUGUUCGUGAAGAGUACAGAGGAGGGCAUCGCCCGAGUGCUCAACUCUAAUUACGCCUACUUGCUGGAGAGCACCAUGAACGAGUACUACCGCCAGCGCAACUGCAACCUCACCCAGAUCGGAGGCCUGCUGGACACCAAGGGCUAUGGCAUUGGCAUGCCUCUCGGCUCAGUCUACAGAGAUGAGUUUGACCUGGCCAUACUCAAGCUACAGGAGGAAAACCGCUUAGAGAUCCUGAAGAGGAAAUGGUGGGAUGGUGGCAAGUGUCCGAAAGAGGAGGAUCAUAGAGCGAAAGGUCUGGGCAUGGAGAACAUCGGUGGGAUCUUCGUGGUGCUUGUGUGUGGUCUUCUGGUGGCCAUCUUUAUGGCGGUGCUGGAGUUUGUGUGGAUGCUACAUCAUACGCCAGCAACAGAGCUGUCCAUGUGCGAGGAGAUGCUACGAGAGCUGCAGGGCAUCGUGCUGUGUCAGGACAGCCUGCAGUUACGGCGCAGACGUGGAGCCAGUGUGUUGCGACCGCAGCCUCUGCCCCUGGAUGAGCGACGGGCGCGGGCGGCGGCAACGAACCUCAGCAAUGGCAAGCUGUGUACAGGCACUGGCCUGCCCGAACCCCUCUCCCACAGACUGGCGCAGGAGGCCACCCUGGUGGCACGAGGGUGCAGUCACAUUCGCAUCUGCCCGGAGUGCCGGCGCUUCCAGGGCAUUCGAGUGCGCCCGGCCGGCCCUCCAGGAGCAUCGCCCACCCACAGCGAGGAGAGUAUAGAGUGGGAGAACCGCACCAACAACAGUGAACACGAAUAACCUCUCGGAUCUGUGGCGGAUAGACAUUAAACGACGGCUUUGCUGGACCCAGGGAUUAUGGGAACGUAGGCUCCGGGGAAGGAGCUAAAAGAGAAGCUGUCCAUGCUGCUCGAUUCGGCCCAGGAGCUGCAUCUGGUUUCUGUACACUGUCCUUACAGCCCUCUGCUUUCGGGGGACACAGCAGAGGGGCUUUGUACUAUGCAGUAUAUUUGUCUAAAUGUGCUGUUGAUUUAUUUUUAAAUUAUUGCUCUUUUGUUGUGAUACCACUAUAUUGCUAUUAUCUCCUUCUCACGACACCCGUUUAAUUUGGUUUUUCACACCGUGGAUGGCU